AUGCUACACGGAGGGUCUGCACGCUUUGACCGCUUGCUGGCGCAACUUUCCGAAGAGCAUGAUCUGGAGCUCAAAAUCUUACAGGAAACGAACAGGCAGCUUCAAGACGAAAUCCGCUCGCUCAAGACUCUCUCGCAGCCACAGGAGCCCCCCAAGCCAGCUCUCCGCGAGGUGGGCUUGGCUGUCGACAGGCCGAACCUUGAACUGGAGAUCGAGAAGCUGCGCGAUGAGACGGCAGCGCCAGCGGAUUCCUUCUCCUUUAGCUCCCCGAGCCAGUCUCUACGGAUAGGUGCGGCGGAAACCACAGCUGUAGAGCUCACAGUGUAUUCAGUGCAGGGCUUACCUGACACUCUCAUCCAGCAAGGAGGAGGCGGCCCGUCGAUUUCCAAGUGCAGAGUUUCCACGAACAUCGGCUUGCAGAUCAAAGCCACGGAGUGGACAGCUUUGAACAAGGAGCCAGGUAGACCCGGUGAGUGCAGCGACGAUGACUUGAGCCUCUGGGGAGCGGUAUGGGGCCCACACGGCGCAAGCAUGUCUUGCUUUGCGCAAGUAGACGACCUCCCCGACAAGCUCGAAUUGAAUUUGGAGAUCAACGGCUACGGACAUUCUGUUGCCAUUGCACUUGUAGAAGUCAACGCAGACAAGCAGCUAUGGAAGCUCGAUAAUGGUGGCCACGUCGAGGCCAAAGUGCUGGUGACACGCCCACGACGUCGCUCGAUGAGUGGCUUCUCGCAGGCCUCAUGCGAGUCUGCCGCAAAUACCAGCCGUGGCAGCAAGACGCGGCGAUCGUCUUUGCAGAGCUGCGUGCCUGUUGACCUGCCCCCGAUGCUCACGAGUCGCACUGAGAAUGGGUCUUCGCUCCUAACGAGGCUCGAGAAGCAGUUCGACAUUGAGGAUGCAGCAGCUAAAGUUAUCAUGCCUAACGAUCUGCAUGCGGCCAUGAAAACCUCGCGGAAGACUCAGACCACCAUGCCUCAACUCCCUACUCUUCUCAACACUGCCGCUUGUCUUGUUGUGAUAAUGGAGCUCCGGCGCAUCCACCAAACGAUCUUCGAGAAGGGCCCGAGAACCUCAUUGCAGGGAAAGGCACAUCAGGCCUUCCAGCCCGUCAUCUCCUGGAAAGCUUUCCAAGAGUGCUUGCUGGUCGAGGACCUGCCAAGUUUUGCAUCUGGUAGGGUGGCCUUGAAUCUUUUUGCAGUGCAGCAGGCAUUGCUUGGAGAUGCGGUUCCAACAACAGGCGCCACCAAGGCAUUGCUAACAGCAUAUGAUGAAGUCCAGAAGCCCUCCAAGCCCACCUCUCGUUGGGUAAGUGUGGCAUCGGGAAUGUCAACAGCGGCGAUUAUCCUCAGCUUCGUACUGAUGGGGCUGUCGCUGGACAAUUGGCCUGACUGGGCUGGCUGGAUGGUUUUCGAAGCCAUUUUUGCCAGCGUUUUCGUUCUCGAGAUUGUCGUCAAAUGUGUAGUGCUCGGCCCUUGGAUUUAUUUUUGUGGAUCGGAGAGAUGGUGGAACUGGCUCGAUGUCGGGCUGACUCUGGCUGCUAUUAUCGACCUGUUUCUGAACCUUAUCUUCCAAAACUCAUCGCGGGCGAAGAUUAUUCUAGUUCUUCGUGGCCUUCGCUUGGCGAGGGUGGCCCGCUUGGCCAAGCUGAUCAACAUGCCAUUGCUGCAAGAGCUGGCCAACAUAGUCUCAGGAUUUCUCAUCAGCGUGAGAUCGCUGUUUUGGGUCGUUGUCACGCUCUCCGUGGUUGUGUAUGUCUGUGCGCUGGCACUUCGGUCUUUGGUUCAGAGCUUCGCGGAUUCCGACACCGGUGAGAAGUGUGGAAGCGGUGACGAUCUGGACAUGAGUUCUGCCGAUGUCCCGCCUGGCUGCCCUUAUGAGGGGCAGAUACAUCUGAUUUAUGGAGAUGAGUACUGCGGCGACGUCGCCCGCUGUAUGUUCUCCAUCUUCCGCUGUAUGAUUGGCGACUGCACAUCGGCAGGUGGGAGAUCCUUAACAAUGAUCUUCAGCAAUGGCUUUGGGCUCCGGUUUGACAUCCUCUAUGCGUUCAGCAUGGUUUGUGUCUUGUUCGGCUUGUUCAACAUCAUCACAGCUAUCUUUGUCGAAGCGACCCUGAACGGCCUGAAGGAGACUGAGACCCAGCGAAAGUACGCAAAGGCGUAUGAAACCAGCUACAUGACCGAGCAGCUUGCCAAACUCGUCGUUUGUGUCGCAAGUCAGACACAGAUGAUGCGGGCGAGGAAAACGAUACGCGGCUUAAACUCUGAUGGAAGUUCUGACGAAGAUGAGCCUGGAGCACAAGGAGGUGAGAUUUACCUCAGCAUCUCGGUCGUUUGA